ACACAGGAAGUGCAUCAACUACAUGCAUGUGUUUCUGAUGGGUGAUUGCUCUGAAAGCUGUAAAUUUCUAACAAAUCCUCACCAUGAACAACGGGGCGAGGAUUUCACGUACAAAAUGGAAACUCGGUCUGAACAAAAUCUUCGGACAGAAGACGAACUGUCGCCGGUGCCCAGAGGCAGCACCCUUUCUCAGCCGGAGCCAGACCGCCGCCGUUAAACCCUCCCCGAGCUCGGACUCAGGGGAGAAACCCCAGCUAAGAGCCAUCGACCUGGCCCGGAAGGUCCAGCAGGAGAAGGCGAAGCAGCCCCCAGUGGAGGCUCCGGUGUCCGGUCAGCAGAAGAGGGUAACGGAGCUGAAACGGUUCAGUCAGCAGCUACAACACGUUCAUCCCAACGUCCUGGCCAAACAUCUCCACAGAAGCGUGCUGUACCAGGAUAAAGAUGUGGUUGUUGUCAACAAACCCUAUGGCGUUCCUGUCAGAGAGGACUCUGGGAUCACAUCAAUCUCCUCAGUGCUCCCUGUUCUCUCUAAAAUGAUGGAUGGCAUGAAGAUCAGUUCUGAUUCUCAGUUGCUCCCCUGUCUGGGACUGGAGAAGGAAACAUCAGGAGCUCUCCUGCUGGCCAGGAGGGAGGAAGUUGUAGAGCACAUACUAAAUCUUUACAGAAAUAACCAAGUGCAGAGAAAGUACUGGGUCAUCACAGUCGGUGUCCCUGUUCCAUCUGAAGGAGUGAUUGACAUACCCCUGGUAGAGAGAGCGGUCACAGGCUCUCAGCCACACUACAAGAUGGCUCUAAGUCCUCUGUUCAGAAUGAAUGAUGCAGGCAACGGUGUAACCAAAGUCCGUGCCAACCGGCAAGCUCACCCCGCAGUGACCAAGUACAGAGUCAUCGACAGCAGCAAUGGUUGCAGCCUUGUAGAGCUUCAACCUCUUACCAGAGUGAAGCACCAGAUGAGGGUUCACAUGGCCUACACUCUGUCAUGCUCUGUUCUUGGUGACCACAAAUACUCACACUGGAGCAAGCUGGCACCCCAGAAAUUACCUGAACGUGUCUUGGAAAAACUUGGACUGGAACAGAGCAAGAUCCGGUACCUUCCUCUUCAUUUGCUUGCCCGACAGCUGACACUGCCAGGAAUACGCCAAGACGAGAUCAACGUGUCAUGCCCCCUACCUAAAUACUUCACACAAACAUUGAACAGACUGCAGUUAACACUACCUGAUAAGACUGGCUGAAUAACCACCUCUUGGCUUUUUUCUCUCUUCGAGUCUUUGCACUUCAACUGAUGUCUAAAUGUCAUAGGCAUUAGCUGUGAAGAACUGUUUUCAUAUAGAAUAGAAUGUGGCUGCAACUUAACUCAUUUAAGUAAUAAAAUUUUGAAAAAGA